AUGAGUUGGCCAGACCUGGACCUGCCGCCGACCGGCCAUCGCAACCUCCUCGGCGACGGGUACGAUGCUAGCCGCCACUGCAUUGCACUGCCAUUGCCCCCAUCGUCGCAAGUCUGCCUCUAUCCCAUCGCUGCCAGCGACGACGGGUUGACGCUGGGCCAUGGCACGCUUCUGCACGACGCAAGCGCAAGCAGCGAGCCGUUUCGCUGCAUGGCCUGGAGCACCAGCAAGGAUGCGUACGUAGCGAUUGCGACGCAGCGCCACGUCGAGGUAUACGACGCCCAAGGAGCGCCCACACGCUGCCUCCACUGGGUGGCGCCGGCCCGGGUCCUCCACAUCACGUGGCAUCCGUCGCGGCCGCUGCUGGCGGUGCACAUGCUUGGCUCCGUCCAGUUCCUCACGCCCUUGAUGGCGCUCGAUGGCGAUGGAGUUGCCUUGCCCUGGGCGAUCGCGGCCAAGCAAUCGUCGUGCUGGAACGAGGCAGGCACGUCCCUCGCCAUAGCUGCCGGGACGAGCGCCCGCGUCUACUCCUGGCCAAGCAGCGCGACGAUCGGCCCGUACGCGCGGCCGCAGGAAGAUGUCUUGUGCGAUAUGGAUGACGCCACGUGCGGCGCCAUCACGGCCAUUGGCUGUCUUGGCAGCGACACGUUUUUGCUCGCGACAGAGGUCAAGACCUGCUUGCGACCGACGACGACGACGACGCCAGCUGCAAGCUUCACCAUUCGCGCCCGACCCAUGGUAGACCCAUUGACGUCAGUGGUCGACACUGGCGUUGUGGACCUCAUGCACAUCACAAAGUCAGACGCGCCCUCGUCGUUGCUCUUACUGCCGGAGCUCCACAGCGCCGACGGGCUUGCAGAGAAAGCCAACGCGCACUCCGCGAUGGUCGCGCAGGCCCACUGUGUCGUUUGGAAGAACGCUUCCUCGUCCACCAUGUCUUCCGUGCCCAUCCCGGCGUUCGCGAUACCCACGUUCAUGCACUGCCACCGACGUCAUGCCGUUCUCGGGUCGCACGCGUCGGCGGCCAUCGUGCUUCUUCGCGUCGUGGGCGAUGGUGCACUGGAGCUGGUCGAGACGAUGCUACCGGCAGCGGACGACGACGGCCGCGUCCUUCGUGGGCUGCGCCUUGGCGACGAUGCCAUUGAUGUCCUGGAUACUCUCAAGCCCACGCGCCUCUUCUUUACGCCGACGCUCAAGACAUGUUCGAUUCGAUCGCGUCGCUUGCCGCUGACCAGUUCGCUGCGUGUCCCACCUUCCGCGGCCGUCGCGGACGGAGCUGGUCUCGCCCUGCUACUUGAACGCCUGCAAUCGCAUCUCGACGCUCGCUUGGAUCGCAUCGAGGCUAGCAUGGCUACACUCGGCGGUCGGCUCACGCAGAUCGAAGCGCGUCUCGCCGCGUCGUAAUCAGGUCUUCAUGAAUGCAUUGGCUCGU